UGUCUACUCCGGGAGGACUCGUGCUUUUCAGGAAGCGUUUGGAACGACUCCGCCGUGCCGGAUAGGAAACUACAUUACCCAUGGGGCUCAGAGCCUGAGUGCCAUGGAGAAGCGUGUGGCGCUUCUGGAGAAGAGGAUCCGUGACAACUUGGAGCAUCUGGGAUUUGAGGUGCAUCCUUUUAAGGUAGGUUGGUACAAUGCAGUCCUUCCUCCAGCUUUUCAUUUGCCAUACUCAGAUAACAAUCUGGCAUUUGUGGUACUCAGCAUCCCUGCCAUGUUUGACAAAGCCUUCAGACCUUUCCUGAAGAAUCAACUGCUGGGAAAGAUUCAUGAUCCCGUGGACCAGUGCAUUGCCCAUCACCUCUCAUUGGUUAGGGAGAGCCUUGCUGACCAGCAGGUGGAUAUCAUGUAUGAUUAUGAGAUGCUCCCCAAUCGGAAGCCCAGGUUCUUGGCCCAGACAGCAGCACAUGUGGCUGGUGCUGCAUACUACUACCAGAGGAAAGAUGUGCAGCAAGAUCCCUGGGGAGAGAAGAAGAUUUAUGGUGUCUGCAUUCAUCCAUGUUUUGGAGGCUGGUUUGCCAUCCGGGCUCUCCUGCUUUUCCCAGAUGUUGAAGUGUCCUACAUGCAGCAGAAUUCCCCUACUGAUUGUGUGAGAACAGAAGAAAAGAAAAUAGAACUGCUGGAUAAGUUUAAUUUCCACUGGCGGGACUGGAGCUACCGGGACAUUAUUGAAGUGAAGGAAAAGUACUCAGAGGAGCAGAAAAUGUACUUUGCAACUCCUCCAGCUGAACGAUUAAAAGUGCUGGGGCUUCAAGAAGGAUGGCAGAAGAACGCAAUGCACCGAGUAGCUGUUUUUCACUGUGCACAAGGGACAUGUGGCCUACAUCAUUGUGCCCACUGUUGUAAAGAUGGACCGUGCCAGCAUCUUGAUGAUUCAGUUUGGCAACCUGACUCUCAGUUGUAGGAGUAUUGCAUUCUAGAAUUGGGUCAAGCUUCUUCAUGUUAUAAUAUAGGCUCUUUGUGUUACAAUAUAGGUUAGAAAUUGGUUGUGAAGUCCUGCUAGCUUGCUCUCAGGUAGGCAGAAGUGUCUUACACUAGAGACUUGUAAAUCUGUAUUUGGAAACACUAGGUUUUAAGUAAGUUUAUUCAGUACAGUCUGCAGACCCAAACAAAAAAAAUGCAGUAUACAAAUUACAGAAAUAUACCAGCACAUACCAUAAGCACACACAGCAGAACCAAUUUCAGUACUCUCAUAGAUCUGUGUUAAUAUGUUCAUGAGUUCUCAAUGAGAACUUAGGAACCAUUAGUGAUAUCCUUGGAUUUUACCCUCUAAUAAAAACUUCACAUAAAAUUGAGAUGACUGACUGGGAGCAUACUUCAGCAAGGGAUAAAUAAGCUGGUGUUGCCACAACCUGAAGGAAUCGCAACACAGAAGAAUAUGCUCUACUGUAUCAAUAUCCUUUUUGCAGCAGAGACUUAGUCUAGAGGUGUAAGGGAUGCCACAGAGCAUUUCAGAGGGUAAUACAUUUGAUCUGGCCUUAGUAAAGAGGAUGUGAUACUUAGGGGGCUUGAUUUUGAAUUCAAGUAUCAUGUUAUUUUUAAGACAGGUCCGAGGACUUAAUUUUUUUACUUUAAAAAGUGAGGGGGUGGGGUUUAUUUUAUGACUGAUAGCUGAAAUUACCUAGUCCUUUUCAUGGAGUAAAAAAUCAGGUACUACCUCCACUAUUGUGUAUCCAUGAAGAUUCUGUGAUUGUGAAACCCUUUCGUUUUCUUCUAUUAGUCUCCACGCCACCACCUUUCUAUUCUUGUACAAAGCACUGAUGGUACUGUCCAACUCAAAUAAACAAAGUACAACUGAA